AUGUUGAAUAACAACGCUAAAGUCACCAAUUGGGAUGAACUUGAUAAUUUGAAAACAAUUCAAAAAGUCAAAGGAAUUCGUUUACCAACAAAAUACAUUGACAAAAUGAAUCUCAAACAUGUCGAAGUGAACAAAGUUGGACUUGUGUAUAUCAUGAUUUUAUUUUCGUAUGUUUUCUUCAAAGUGUUUAUAAGUUGUGCUGUUUUUGGAAAUGUAUUGUCAGACACGUUAGUUUCUUUUAAGUAUGAAAUUGUCGUUAUCUUUGACUGUAUAGCUAUUAUGGCGUUUGUGUGUCUGAUGUUUAAUCGUAUAUAUGACAAGAUGACAAUUCUAUUCAUUGUAGCUCUCUUUUCAUUCUGUGGAUUUUUCAGUUACGGGGGUUUUAAAGUGACAAACGCGUUUACAACAAUGUCUUUAGUGGUUUCUAUCCUUUACUUGGUAAUAUCACUUAAUGCCAUGUUUUUUAACAAAGAAUAUAAUGUAUCUGAAUUUGCAUUCUUUUACACAAAAUCAAAAGUGUUAUAUUUAUUACUCUAUGCGUUCGAAUAUGAAAAUGGAACAGAAAACGAAGGGAGAACUGUUAUUACGUUAUUGUCUUUUUCAUGGUUUCUAUUCACAUUGUCAGCAGCUUUGAUGUUGGGUUGGUACUUCAGUUUCUUCUUGUUAGUCCCACUUGGCGUGUUCGGGUUUUGCGUUUUGACUAUGUGGUUUAAAUUAUUUUAA